AUGGAGUUCGCAUUUCCUACUUCUUUCCCGUUAGAGAAAAAGGUUCUUACAAAGUGGAAGCAUUUACUAGACGAAAAAAAGUUUAAAGCACUGCAGGAAAGCUCCUUUAUAGAUUCCUUUCCUCCUGUAGACCAAGCCUUUGAGGAGGAACGUGACUUACAGCCAAUUCCAGAAAACUACAGCUGUGAUUUGGAUGUUAGAAAACAGCAAAUAGAAAAUGUUCACAAGCGGUGGAUGAUGGAAUUACAGCCAAUAGAGCAGCAGAGUUAUCUUGACGACCCUACCAGUCGUCAGGCAAGAAAGCAGAGUUUCCAAAAUUAUGUUGACUCUUUUAACAAAAAACGCUAUUUAUCAGUCGAUUCUGGCCUUAACGAAGAACACCAGCCUCAUGCUCUCCCAGAGAACCAUAAAGAACAAAUGCUUGCAUCCAAGUCAAUGGAAACAAUUUCAAAUUCCGAUAGAGAGCCUUUGAAAUUACCACCUAUUAACCAACGGUUUCCUGGACCAAUCUACGUUGAUGUCGGUGCAGGCCCUUUGAACUACUGGCAAACAGCAGCAACCGAUAACUUUAUAGACAGUGAGCUUCGCAGGCGAACAAGACUUCGUAUGAAAGAAAAAAUGAUGACAUCACAAGUUUGCAUGAAUUACGAAGAGGAAAAUGAAGAUGACCCAGAAUUAGUCGGUCGUGAACUGGGUUUAUCCAAAAAACGACCUGUAGUUAAAGGGCCUAAAGAAACCAACACCCACAGCCGAUGGCUUUCUCAGAUUCCUGGUCUAUCCUGGGAGGUUGAAUAG